UUUAUUCUUACUGUUUAUUUAUUUAAAUUUAAAUGACACGAGCGCUAUUAAUCACAGUGCAGACAAACCUGUGACAGUUUGGUCUCAGUUUUAUGAAGUAUAAGGAGUUAACACAGGAGGAAGAACGCCUCUUUAGUUUAGCAUUAAGAUAAUGACAAGAUAACGAAGGAUGGAUUAUUUCCUGGUACCGACCAAAGUACACCACAGUUGUUCAGGCGCUUUGACUCGUCCACUCCGGCACGUCCCGGGCGGAGACAGCCUCACUUUAGAUGCGUGAGAGUUUGAGUCACCGUGCAGACUCGUUUGAAUUAUGGACUCGGAUCAAGAAAUGAACAAACAGCGAGUGAAAAAGCUGCUGGAGAAACCUGGGAAUGGAAAGUGUGCUGACUGUGGAGCUGCAGAUCCAGAGUGGGCCUCCUACACCCUGGGCGUGUUGGUGUGUCACAGCUGCUCAGGCCUCCAUAGAAACAUCGCUCAGAUCAGUAAAGUGAAAUCUAUCCUGCUGGAUCCUUGGAGCUCUUCUGAGGUGGAGUUUGUGGACUCUGUGGGUAACGAUGCUGCCAAAGCCAAAUACGAGCAGAUAGUUCCUGCCUUCUACUACAGACCCACACACAAAGACUGCACGCUCCUAAGGGAACAAUGGAUCCGAGCCAAGUACGAGAGGGAGGAGUUUAUGUGUGUGGAGAAGCAGGAGCCCUACUCUGCAGGCUACAGAGAAGGGUUUCUGUGGAAGAGAGGCAGAGACAAUGGACAGUUCCUCAGCCGAAAAUUCAUUCUCUCUGAACGGGAAGGUGUUUUGAAGUACUUCAACAAACAAGAUGCUAGAGAACCCAAAGCUAUAAUGAAGAUCAACACUGUUAAUGCCACUUUUCAGCCAACAAAAAUUGGCACCGCACAUGGCCUACAGAUAACCUAUCUGAAAGACAACAGCACUAGGAACAUCUUUGUUUACCACGAUGAUGGAAAGGAAAUGGUCGACUGGUUCAACGCUAUCAGAGCAGCCAGGUUUCACUACCUGCAGGUGGCCUUUCCGGGAGCUUCCAACUCUGACCUGUUGCCAAAGCUAACCAGGAACUACAUUAAGGAGGGGUACAUGGAGAAGACUGGUCCAAAGCAAAAAGAGGGCUUCAAGAAGAGGUGGUUCACGAUGGAUGACAGGAGGCUCAUGUACUUCAAAGAACCACUGGAUGCUUAUGCAAGAGGUGAGGUCUUCAUUGGAAGUAAGGACAACAAGUACACUGUGCUACCUGGUCUCCCUGCAAACAUUCAGGGCUACCACUGGCAGUUUGGGAUAACCAUAGUGACUCCAGACAGAAAAUUUCUGUUUACAUGCGAGACUGAGGAGGAUCAGAGAGACUGGAUUGCUGCGUUUCAGACAGUUAUCAACAAACCAAUGCUGCCACAGGAGUAUGCAGUGGAGGCCUAUUUUAAGCACAAACCAUGACGUCUGGGGUUUGAAGGAUUGUCUGUGAGGAUAAGAAGCAGGGAGAUGGAGAUGGAGCUAGAGGAAGAGAAGUACCUGAGAAUUGUAAAAGGACAAACUAAAGGGCCAUGAAGCAAAGGAUUUAAAGGUGAAAUCACUCUUUGACCACAGUAAUCAUUCCCACAAAGACUGCACUGCUCAACCUCACCCACAUUAUGUGCCAGUCCCUCUUUAAGAUAAUCCAAGUCACUUUUAAGCUUGAAUGUUUGACUAACUCAACUGUUUUAUAACUUGUAUACUUAAAAGAGGUCAGUCAUCCUUGCCUGAAUGUGGAGGUAUACACAGAAGUAUGCCAAGUUUGUUGGGAUCAGGACUGUUGCUGCGUGGAUGUCAAAAGACAUGCUUUUUUCAGUACUAUAGUGUUAAAAAAAACAGGCAUACUUACAUGUACAAGAUGUUGUAGACAUCUAAGAUAACCUUGGAUUUAAAUUAGGAGCAAAAAUUGUUCAGUGCAGGGUAAAACAAAGCUUACUCAGUAAAAAGAAGUACUUUCGAACAAAUGUAAAUGUUUGCCUAUGAUGAUAUUUAAUUCUUGAUGUAUUUAUUUUUAAACUGCCUGUUUGCUAUACACAGCUUGUAGUGUGUCAGUGCAAAUCACAGCUGCUAAAAUAAGCAAUUUUCUUAUAUUCUUAAGCAGCUACAUGUAAACUUAAGGGACGCACAAUAUCAGAAUAAUCAGUACCAACAGAUAAUGGCUGAAAGGUCAUUAUCAGUAUUGGCAGAUAUGAAAAUAAUGUCUCAUAAUUACAACCAAUCUCGGCUGUAAAUACCAGCCUAUAAUGGAUGUAAAUAUCAGCUGUACGUAUGAAUAAUUAAGUGGAGUUUUAAGCAGGACCAACAGGCAAACAUCAGUUGGAGACACAUUAUUUAUCCUAAUGUCUUAAAUUAUUAAGCGUGUGAAGGACUGAAGUUUUAGGUCUGGACUACAUUUAUAUAUCCAUCAGUAUCAUUUACAAUGAAUAUUUAAGUAUUGGCAAAAAAAUCCAAUAUUGUGCAUCCCUUGUAAACUUUGUUCUUUAACAUCAAGUGUAAGAAGUGGCUUGCAUUCCUCCUCUUUGUAAAACUUCAAAACAAAAGUUGUGAUUAAGCAUUUACUCUCAUGUGGUGUAAUUACUGGGCCAACAGAGGGAGACAAAGAAAAACGUUUAAACUUGCAUCGAACCAGAGACUCCAGCUGUGCAUGCUGAAAUGUAAAAGCUGAAAAGAAAAGCAUAACAACAAGGCUGAAAAGCAUUAUAUUCAGGCAGUAGUCUGGCUAAACGGUACUUUCCCACUAUGUAGUACCUUCUCAACUCUGCUUGCCCCCAACCCAUAAGGGAUCAUAGCUGGUACUUUUCACACAAGUGGGAUCCAUCAAACCCCUCUGGUUUUCUGCUUUGUAAUGCUUUAUGAAUUCUCAAAAUCUCCUCUUCUUUUCAGUCGUAUUUGUCUCACUGCUCUGGACCAAAACUUGUCUCCCUGCUGUGUCAAAAACCACAGACCCAAGAACUAGCUGUACGACUGCAUUGAUGUUCACCAUUGUUCUUUUGGGCAUCAGUGUUAUCGUGUAGCUAGGCUAUAAUGGCCCAACCUACAUUUAUUAAGUAUUUACUGGAAUGGAAAACAAACUGCUUGGUACUAAAACCAAGCAGAGUCGGAUUGAGUCUAGCCAGCACUGCAUAUGGAAAUGCACCAUUAGAGAGCUGUAAUCAAGUACCAUGUAAACAUGCAUCUGCCCUCCAAGAGUGAGUGUUUUUAAGCUGGCACACAUGGUUUUAAGUCCAACAUUAGGUCAGAUCUGAUGUCCCGGGUCGAGGUUCUUUGAAAAUGAUUAUUUGUCCAAAAACUCCUCAAGUGUGUGGUGUCCACAGGAUUAUUUCACUGCUCCCCACUGCAUCAGAGCCUCCCUGACCUUAAAUUGUAAAUAUUAAACAUGUUUGAUAUUUAUGGUACAAAGUCAGACUGCCUCUGUGAACAGUAAAAGUACAUAGUAUCCAGUUAAUGGCACUAGCUGGUCCGCUCGCUCUCAUUGGUUGUGGGUUUCCAUCAAAAAACAUUAUACUUUCAGCCCAUCCAAGAUUUCAGCCAUAUUCCUUUUUGAUUUUUGCUGCAACUGUAACACAUACAAGACAGCCAGCCAAGGAUUUUGAUAAUUUACCAUGUUUUUUGUUCUUCUGAAGCCACAUUUGAUCACCCAAGUUUUUGUGAGAUCUCAUGUGUGCAACCUUUACGGUGAAAUUGUUAAAACAGAGUGUGAGCCCCGGUCUGGUCCAGCUGUCUAGUGAUCAUCAUCACUUGCUGAUGAUAAUUAGUUGAAGAUGUCCUUAUGUCUAUGAUGUCUGUCGAUACCGUCUUGCUGUCCCUCAACAACAGGGUGUCCUGGCAUACGUUACAAGUGCAGCAAAAAUCAUAAAACAAAGGAAAGACUCAGGAUGACACCCAGGCUGGAAUGAAGGUACAGUUGUGUUUAUGGUUGUUUAUGGUGACGCUACCCCGUCUACUUGCUCUCAGUUGUUCCGGGUACUCCUUUAGAGGCACUAUGACCUAGAAUUGUAAAAAUCUAAGAUGUUUGAUAGUUACGAUACAGAGUCUGGGAGGCUACGACGCGAUUGUGUUGAUGCCACAUACUUUCAGAGUAUUCAGAUAAAUAAUUGUAGUGACGAGGUUCCACUCUGAAUACACCCCUACAAUCAUCGAGGAGGAAAAUCUUGCCUCAAAUCAGGCUUAAAAUCCUGUAGUGUGUGGCCAGCUUCAGAAAAAGAAUUCAAAAGCAUCUUUUGUAUAGUCAGCCUAUGGCCUUGUCCACAUGUAGGAGGGUAUUUUUGAAAACAGAGGUUUUAUGUGCAUUAUGACCUUCCAUAUACAGACUAAAAGCAUUUUACGUCCCUGAAAAAGCAGAUUCAUAAACCACUCCAAGGACAAAACAGCACUUCUGGAUUAGUCGGGUUGUCCUAGUUGUACAGCAGGUGAAUGGACACUGGUGCUGUCUCAAAGAUAGCGCAGCUUGUACAUAGACAAAUAAAUCCUCAGAGAAUACCACUGCUGUGAAUGUGGCACAUGCCUAACAGCAUGUAAUAGUGCAUUUUUGCAUUUGUAUGUGUACAAGUUUC